AUGGGUUAAUGCUGCUCAGCAAAAUCAAAAAAAUCAAGAAAAAAUAAAUAUAUUUAGGAAGAAGUUUAUAAUAUUUUGCAGGACAGACAAGCUUUGGACUUCUACAAAGACUUUAUAGUAUUUACAAUAAAUCCAUCUAGUGGAUAUACUUUUUUGCAAAAACAAAUUAUAUAGCAAACUAAAGAUUAAAAUAUUAGAGAGUAUGAAUUCCUCAAAGUAGAUACAGAAAAUAAAUCUAUAGCAGGGGCUUAAGCAAUUAAACCAUUCACAAGCAACGAAGCAGAAGAUAAAAUGUUGUAAAUACUUUUCAAUUUUAAGGAAGUGAUAAUACAUAACAAUGGCAGUUUAUAGUUUGAUUAUAAUGAUGUUACCCAUCCGAUCAAUAAACUUUUAGCAAAUUUUAGAUAAAAGAAUGUGAAACCUAAAGUGAUUAACAUACUUACUGAUAAUAGUAUAUUUAAUAAAUUUGAAUUUAUAUCAGAUUAAAAUAAGUGUUUGGCUUUUGCUUCUCCUGUUUUAGUGAUAGAUAGCUAUGAUAUUGUUUAUAAAUAGAAAAUUAUAUCAAAAUCUACAUGGCAUGGCUCUAAUUUGUAUAUACAUUCAAAGAAAAGCUAUGAAUAAAACUCUAAUAAGUAUGAAGAAUACCUUUAAAUAUCUACAUUCAUCCAUCUCUAUAAAAACCCUGCUGCUGGAGUAGAAAAUAAUAACAUUAAUUAGUUAUAUUUUGAUAUUAGUAAUCAAGAUUAAAAAAAGUAAUAGAAAAUUAUUAGUCAAAUUAGAGAGUCUAUUGUUAAUAGCUUUUAAAGAGGAUUUAAUGCAAUAAUCAUACAUGAAAAUAAUGAUAAAAAAAGUAUUUCCUAAAUUCUAAUCUUGAUAAUGGAAAUGCUACUAUACAGAUUGAGUGUGUAAGAAUAAGAAAUAGUGAGCUAUUGGGAGCGUCGUAUUCCCAAAGGAAUUUUUGAUAGUUUUAAAUAAGAUUUAGCAGAACAAUCUUAAGCUAAAAAAUAGUAAUAAGAGCUUGAAAAUGUAAAUGAUAAUUAAGAGCAAAAUAAUAUAAUAAGUAAUGAAGAAGCAAAUGCAAAAGAGUAAAGCAAUAGCAAUAAAAUAGAGAUUCUAAUUUAAAAUCUUUUUAAAGAGCAAUCGUAUGACUUGAAAGAGUUCGAAAAAUCAUAAAAUAUUUUAGAAAAGCUUCUUCAGAACAUAACAAGCUAAUUCGAUAAAAAAGAAUUCAGAAGUCUUAAUAAAAGUAAUUAAAAUCUUUAGUGUUUAUUUAAGUAUCAAAAUGGUGUAUAACUAUUAAACAGCUUAGGAUUCAUAGAAUCCCCUGACAAAAAUGGAUUUCUAAAUAACCCAAUUGAUGAUAUCGCUUACUUCAAAUUGAUAAAAAGUGAUUACACCAUAGCUUAUAAAAAUUUCCAAUAAUCCAAAAUUUAUAUAGAGCAAUAAAAAUUAUAUUAUAAACAAGCUGAAAAAGCUUAAAAUGGCUAAAAGACAUCUUGA